UUGCAGUUCAUCGUUUGAUAAAUAUUGUUAUCAACACUAUAAAUUGUUGUUUUUUUUUGUGAUUGUGACUGACUAUAAGUAGAAAUAUUACGCACAUACUAAAAUGAGACUAGCAUUAUUGUUUGCUUUUCUGGUUUAUGGAAUGACUUUACAGAACUGUGAAGUCGAUGGCAUCUUUUUAUGGAAGUUUAUCAAGCCAUUUUUGAAUAUUACAAUAUCAGGCUCAGGAUCAAGCACAUCCUCUGGAUCUAGCUCUGGCUCAUCAGGCACAAGCUCAAAUGGAAGCAGUACAAGUAUAGCAACUGGAGAUUUGAACAAUUCAAACAUUAUUUUAGGGAAUGGAAAUACUAUAAAUCAAAAUAUCAAUCAGACUAACAUGUCAGCAAGCGGAUCAGAUGGAAAUGAUAGUGGAAGCGGAUCAGAUGCAUCUGGAGAUUCAACAACAACGGUUGAAGACACGACAACAACAGUUGCUGACACUACAACGGUUACAGAAACAACAACAACAGUUGCUGACACUACAACGGUUGCAGACACAACAACAACAGUUGCAGACACAACAACAGUUGCUGACACUACAACAACGGUUGCUGACACUACAACAACGGUUGCUGACACAACAACAGUUGCUGACACAACAACAACAGUUGCUGACACAACAACAACAGUUGCUGACACGACUACAACGGUUGAAGACACGACAACAACAGUUGCUGAGACUACAACGGUUGCAGACACUACUACAACGGUUUAGAUACUCCAACCAUGUCGAUGAGUUAAUUACAUGUAAAAUUAUGCAUAAUUGGGUGACGUCUAAUAAUUAAACAAUUAAUAAAAGUUAACAUAGGAUUAAUCACGUAGAGGGGAUGAAAGGAAGCUCAAAGGAUCACAAAAUCUUUUUGAUCAAAAACCUCGCAAUUAAAAAUUAAGGUCAUAAACCAAUUUUAUGAUUUAUGAAGCAACUUAAAUAUUUCAAUAAAAAGGUG